GAAAUAAUUCAUAAGAAAGUGUCAAUUGGGUCGGAAUUGAAACGGAAAUCAUAAACCGAUAUUAAUUUUCGGUUUCCGUUAUGGAACUUUGUUUCUACUACUGUAUUAUAUCGAAAAACAAACCUAAAAUUAUUUUGAUAAAUAAACCUUUUUAGCGAAAUUAUCAAAAAAAAAUAUAAUAAAAUCAAGAUGUCACUUUUAAUUUCUGUCAAUCGAUUGCACAUUCGUUGGCUUUAUUUUUGAAAAUCUUUUGUAUUUAUUUACCAUCAAAAUGCCGAAAGCUGGGAAAAUUAACGAGAGUCUAUCACGAACAGACAAACGUAGAGGAUCCAAGAGUAAACUGACUUCACAAUCCGAUCAGAAUGUUAAAAUUGUGAAUUCAGGCGAUGGCCCGGGCAGGAUGUCUCCACGUUUGCGCCGCAACAUGGAGCGUGUGGAGAGGUUAGCGCGUCCAACCGCACGCCGCCUGCGCUCGCUGUGGGACGAGAAAUGUGGAAUACUACCGCCUGAGCGGAGGGAUAAAAUCAAAAGCGCUUUAGAGGAGGACUAUUUCCUGAGUCCUGAACAAACAGAACAAUACUUUCAAGCUCUAGCAGAGUCGUCUAAAAAGUGGUCAGGUCCUAGCGGCAUGGUCGGUCGCAAGGAACAAGUGGAAAGGGCGCGGGAGCUCCGCCAGCGGCAGAAGUGGCUUGUCGACUUCAGUGCUCAGGUGGCGUAUCGCUUAUGCGACUACAUAGCGAAAGGUCAGAAGGAGAUGCUCGUUUCAAACAGGCUACGUAGCAUCGCCGAUGUCGUGUUGGAGCGUGUCGCUGAAAUAUUAGGUGAGCCAAAACCAUCCCGUACACACCCUGGUCGCCUUGCCCGCUUUAUGAUCGCUAUAUCUGACCGCAUCGCAGUCUGGAUCGAGAACGCUGUGUACAGAGCUGAAGCCCUCGAGCCCAAGGAGUCUGGAGUUAUAGACGAGCAUAUACGUUUGGACGAUGAAAAAACAUUCCUUUGCUAAUAGUUAUACAGUUUAAUUUGUCUCGGUUGUUUCGGUUCGGUGAGUGGUUUAAAAUAUUUACAAAAGAGGUUCUCAAAAAGAUUAUAUAUUUUAUAUGUACCAGAUGGAAAUAAAACUUUUUUG